AUGAAUUCAAAGUACGCUGGUGGAACAGUUCUAUCGCACUUUUUAACUGAUGAAACUGGACCAAAUUGUGGUGAUUUUACAUUUAAUGAACAAGAUCUACUCUUAUUAUGUUGUCGUGAAAUUAAUUUAAAUGAUCAACCAGCACAAGUAAUGGUUAGUCAUCCAAAAAUCCCCGGUUUAUCAUGGAUUAUAUUUUUUUAUCAAACUGCACCAAAUCAAUAUCAACCUAGAAUAGCAUUUGAUUUUCCAAGUUAUUUAAGAGCUGAUUGUGAAAUCUGUAUCCAAUUUGCUGGUAUGCAUUGGGUUGUUAAGUAUAAAUUUGAAGGUAGUUCAUGGUUAACAUCGACUUUACCACCGAAAGCAAUGAAUGAACGUUGGGUUACAUUAGGUACAGUGAAAAAAGUUGAAAUACGCGUGAAUAUCACUAAAAUAUGGUUUAAAUUUCCAGUAUUUACAGCAUGUUGUCAUCCAGUGAAAACAAAACGUUUUGUUCGACAACCAGAUUUUACAAUGCCUGAUGAUUUUUCUGAUGUCCAGCUAUUACCACAAGAUCCAAAUAAUCGUCGAUUGUUUUCACAUCGUCAAGUAUUAGCAAUGAAUUCACCAUGGUUUGCUGAACGUUUUCAUAAUACAUCAGCAUUGAAUACAGGGGAUAUAGGCCCGAUUAUAUCUAUACCAUUUGAUUAUGAAACUGUAUUGAAUUUUUUAAAAUUUAUAUAUCCUAAUAGUGAUAUGGUGAUAACAGCAGAUAAUGUUGAAGGAUUGAUGGAUAUGGCAAAAGAGUAUCAAAUGCCAAAUGUGAUUAGAAAAUGUGAAAAAUGGAUGUAUAAAUUUAUGGAAGGUGGUUCAGCUGUAUUAUGUUAUUAUUUAGCACGGAAACAUGAAUUACCACAAGUACAAGAUGCUGCAUUACUUCAUUUAGCUGAAUAUAAUUCAUCACAGUUAAGAGCAAGAUUAAAUUUAGAUAUGAAAGGUAAAUCACCAGAUACACAUGAAGUGUUAUUAAGUGAUCUGUGUGUUCGACUUGCAGGAUCUUAG